UUAUUGUAAAGUAAUUAACACACAUACACAAGAAAGAAAAAUGUCAAAAUCCAUUGAUCUUCCAGAUUGUUACAAUUAUAAGCCACCAAUUACAAUCACCCCAUGUGCACCAACACCAAAUCACUGUCUCUAUCUCUCUAAUCUUGAUGACCUAAUGUACCAGAGGCUUUACUUCAAUCGGAUUUAUAUCUUCAAGAAAUCUGUAGAGGUAGAUACCUUAAAAUCUUCUCUAUCAAGAGUUUUGGUGGAUUACUACCCUUUAGCUGGGAGGUUGAGGACAAGCAGUGAGGAUGAGAACAAGUUGGUGGUGGAUUGCAAUGGAGAAGGUGUUUUGUUUGCUGAGGCUUCCAUGGAUAUCACUGCUGAAGAAUUACUCAUUCCUUGCAUGACACAACAUAAGUCAUUGAAGAAACUUAAGUGCAAGGGGAAUACUAAAAAAAUGUUAGAUAAUCCUCUUCUUCUAAUUCAGGUUAGAACAUGUGAAUCCCCUAACACACAGUCAUUUGAUUUUAAACAUGAAAUGCAUAUUGCAAACGUUGGAGUUUGACUUUGUGUGUAUGUUAUUUAAGCAUUCUUUAUACUUUAAUUUUUCAAACUAGAUUAUGGUGUGAUUAAUUAACACUAAUAAUUUAGUAUCUCAAUAGUAAUAUCAUAAUCAUAAUUUCUAUGUAUUCUUAGGAAAAUUGAAAAUUCUUAAGAAAAAUAAUUUUGGAGA